CAGUUUCCCGUGUGUUUCCAGUUCCGGCUCCAGGGGUUUGGGGAGUUGCGGGUAACAUGCGGCUGUCGGUCGCCGCCGCCAUCUCCCAUGGCCGCGUUUAUCGCCGCAUGGGCCUUGGUCCCGAGUCCCGCAUCCACCUGUUGCGGAAUUUGCUUACGGGGCUAGUGCGACACGAACGCAUCGAGGCGUCCUGGGCGCGCGUGGACGAGAUGAGGGGUUACGCUGAGAAGCUCAUCGAUUAUGGAAAGCUGGGAGACACCAACGAAAGAGCCAUGCGCAUGGCUGACUUCUGGCUCACAGAGAAGGACUUGAUCCCAAAGCUGUUUCAAGUGCUGGCCCCUCGGUACCAAGGUCAGAAUGGGGGCUACACGAGAAUGCUGCAGAUCCCAAAUCGGAAUAAGCAGGAUCGGGCUAAGAUGGCAGUGAUCGAGUAUAAAGGGAACUGCCUCCCACCCCUGCCCCUGCCUCGCAGAGAUAGCAACCUUACACUUCUAAACCAGCUACUUCGUGGGCUACGGCAGGACCAGGAAGCAAGCAUCCACAGCUCCCACACACCUCAAACACCAGGGAUUUAACUGGAGCCAAAGCGUGUGUAGCCUCAUCAGUGCCCAUGAUCAUAGGCCUUUGGAUCUCUUCAUCUCUAAGAACUGGAGCUAGAGUUGUGAAGUGGACAGUCUUAAUGGAGCCCAGACCUGUUGGGUAGCCAUAUAACCUUCUCUUUGCACAAUAGGUAAAAUCCUUUGUAUGAAUAUAUGUAAACUGAUUUUUUUUUUUCUCUCACCUUGGGAUUUCUGAGAAUAAGAACUAUCCAAAUGCUCUGUCUUCGUGGGAUAGUAAAUUCACAACGUAUGUUUCUGGCUCUUAAAUCCAGGUUUUAUUGGGUUACAACAGUUUUGUUUUUCUUAAUGCUGGUUUAUAUGGGGCAUCUAUAAUAAUAAAAGAGUAAUAUGCUAA